AUGAUAUUACGGCAGCUUGUCGUACGGCAUGACCACCAAGCAAUACGAUCGAUACCAGGCCAUCCUGAUGAACCAUCAUCUCUUCUCGAUGCUGUUGGCCACAAAAGUACUCCAAACACGGCUGGGAUUGAGGAGAGUGUAGGCGAAGCAGCUGAGAAACUCAAUUCUCUCCAUGGCCAGGUACUGUCCAUGCAAGCAGCACAGCACGAUGGCGCCAUUCCCGUUGACAAGUCGCCGCAAUACCUUGGACAGGACGCGCUGCCUCCAGCUCCAUACCCUAGUCUCGCAGCGAUGAAUUCCGCUCUAGCAGCUCAGGAAGAAGCCACGGCUCAUGGUACAGAAAUGCUAGGUGUCUACCAUCCCAGCACCAUCAUUGAAGAUCCUCCCAUGCCCUCCACCGUUACCCUCGAAAUGCUCCUCGCAAACCAGUGCCACCUCGGCCAUGCCACCCAGCUGUGGCACCCUGGAAACAGCUCCUACAUCUUUGGCAUCCGCAACGGCAUCCACAUCAUUAGCCUCGAGAUAACCCUCUCCUACCUCCGUCGCGCCGCUCGCGUCGUCCAAGAAGUCGCCCGCCGAGGUGGCAUCAUCCUCUUCGUCGGCACAAAGAAGAACACCAAAGACGUGGUCGUCACCUCCGCCCUGCGCGCCGAAGCAUACCACAUUUUCUCCCGCUGGAUCCCCGGCAGCCUGACCAACGGCCAGCAAAUCCUCGACAGAGCCAACAUCAAAGUAGUCAACGGCCAAGACGAAGAGCUAAGUCAAUACGCCGAAGCACUAGAGAACGAGAACCGCAGCGUUCUAAGACCAGACCUCGUCAUCGUCCUCAAUCCAGUCGAAAACGAGGUCUGCCUGCACGAGUGCGGCAUCUACAAUAUACCCACCAUUGGCAUCGUCGACACCAACGUCAACCCCGCCUGGGUGACAUACCCCAUACCAGGAAACGACGACUCGCCGCGUUCAGUGGCCCUGAUCAGUGGCGUCCUUUCAAAAGCUGCGCAGGAAGGUCAGAGACUGAGAAAAGAGGCGGCUCAACAGGGCAAGUUGACAUAUCCGGCACAGAGAGCCAAGGACUUUUUGCAACAACUUAGUUUGAUAGCGGGUAUCAAGGACGUGCAGGGUGGGCGACAGGGUGGACGCAGUAGAGGCGAGAAAGAUAAAGACGACUGA